AUGUGGAUGUGGUUUCAACUUAUCUCAAUCCACACCCACUCUGAAAAUUUUGAUGUUGUUGAAUUACUUCUUAAACAUGGUGGUGAUCCAAAUGCUAUAACAAAAUUAAGUUCGACACUAUUUUUACUUGCAUCUAAAUUAUGUGAUUUAGAUACAACUGAACCAUGUGUUGAAGCUAGUAAUAAUCUUGAUUUUGCAUCAAUUGAUUCAGAUACUAAUGAGUUAAAUACUACUGGUCAAACAGCAUUCUUUAUAGCUACAUUAAACAAUCAUGUUGAUGUUAUGAGAUUUUUAAUUGAAAAUGGAACUGAUGUCAAUACAACAGAGAACGGAAGUACAUAA